AUGCCAGCUCCCAUCAAUGGCAAAUAUCCCCAUUCAGCCAAUCCUGGUGAGACUAUAGGAAGAAGCAGAGGACAAGCAACAGCACUUCAACAGAAGUCAAUUCAUUUUUCACCUGGAGCGAGUGCUCCGUCGCAAAACGAGCAAAGUAUUCCUGCACAUGCCCCACAUACCAUUGCAUCCAAACUCCAGCUCCCUCCGGUUGUGCAUCACGGUGUUUGGGAGAAAAAUACCAAAAGAACCCCUGAUAGAUAUGAAGAAUCGUUGGCGACCAAAAUGCCCUUGAAAGAGCGACGACAACCUGCAAGUACCCGCGACGAUAACGAAGAAGAACGCCUGGGAGUCUAUGGGGUCAGUUUAUCUGCAAGUCCAGCAGGCGAAAAGCGUCCAAGAUUUUCUGCAAACACCCAUCUACCCCUAUUUUGCUGGAGAAGGCACUCCGCAUCGACAGAGUUCCGUCACAGAUCGGUCGAACUUGGUCUAAGAGACACGAAAGGCAUUUUACAGGAGCAAGAUAACACUGCACAACAUUACAUGUUAGCAAACGCAACAAGUUCUUCCGCGGCUAAUGCAUCGGAGACGGUCAGUAGAAUGUCAAAAUGCAGUCAAAGUGAUCUCGAAGCAAAUAGUGGCGGCAGCCUUGACAUACGCGUCAGCGAGAUGAUGGCCAUAGGAAACAGGAACCAAAAUGACCGCGUGGAACCAGAGAGGGCAUAUCACCGUGGUGUUUUGUCCCGUCUGCUGAGACUCCAUCAUUCUCGGGAUACAACUGAAGUCCACGAGCGUUCUAUCUUUUCGUCGAUAUUACCAUCGCAGCACACAAAUCGUCGAACCUUUUCUGUUGGUCAAAUGACGCCUUGCUCCAAACAAAAAUGGUACGAGAAAACUAAGAAUUUGUCUUCAAGUUCCCUAAGGACAUCAGUGUCCGACUCUCCAAGGCUUUUUUCGGGGGGAUUGAACGAUUCGCGGCAUUUGGGGAGUAAUGCAAUGCUUGGAGCAGCGGCUAAAAAGCUGUCGUCGCUACCUCAUCCCGAAGAAGAAGAAAUUCGGACUAGAGUCCCUGUUGCAAAGACAAUUUCACGCCAACGGUACGUAGUACAGCUAUGCCAGGCUCUAAUGAGAUAUGGGGCCCCGACACACCGACUGGAAGAGUACAUGCAUACGACAGCAAGGGCGCUGGAGCUUGAUGCGCAGUUCUUGUAUUUGCCAGGUUGCAUGUUUGUUUCCUUCAGCAACGUGACGACGCACACAACGGAGUUGAAGCUACUUCGAUACCCACAGGGCGUGGAUUUGGGGCGCCUUGCGGAUGUUCACCAGGUGUAUAAGGAGAUCGUCCACGACAUCAUCGGGGUCGAGGAAGCAACUCAAAAGCUUGACGACAUCAUGAAUCGCAACGACCAGUUCAAUAAAUGGUGGUUGAUCUUCCUGUACGGGUGUGCUUCAGCGACAGUAGGGCCAUUUGCGUUUGGGGCAGGAGUCCAGGAUAUGCCAGUCGCCUUCCUACUAGGCUGUGUAAUGGGGGCGCUGAAUUACCUCGUUGUGCCGCGGUUCCCUCUGUACUCGAACGUGUUCGAGCUCACUGCAGCGCUGGCGACGUCGUUCCUGGCACGAGCGUUGGGUAGCAUCCCAGCCCCCACCGGCGAGUCACGACGGCUGUUCUGCUUCCCCGCGGUGGCUCAAUCGGCGAUUGCACUGAUUCUGCCGGGCUACAUCGUCCUGUGCAGCAGUCUUGAGCUACAGUCCCGGAACAUGCUGGCGGGAUCUGUGCGGCUGGUGUAUGCCAUCAUCUACUCGCUGGUACUCGGGUUUGGGCUGAUGCUGGGGACGGCGUUCUACGGCAGCAUUGACCCGGCCGCGAGCUCGGCAUCGGCGUGCGGCGACGACGCGGCGCGGUUUGGCGGGUGGAACGAGUACGCACGCAAGUUCCCAGCGGUGGCGCUAUUCACGGUGUGUUUGAUCAUGAUCCACCAGGCCAAAUGGACGCAGACGCCGGUGAUGCUAAUGAUCUCCGUUGCGGGCUACGCGGUGACGUUCUUCUCGGCUAAGCGGUUCCCGGACAACACGCAGGUUGCCAGCGCGCUGGGGGCAUUUGUGAUCGGGGUGCUGGGCAACCUGUACAGCCGGCUGCGACACGGGCUGGCGGUAGCGGCCAUGCUCCCGGCAAUCUUCGUGCAGGUGCCGUCGGGGCUGGCGGCAAGCGGGUCGCUGGUAGCCGGGCUGGCGUUUGCCAACGGCAUCAACGGUAACAGCACAGCGCUGGACAUUGGCACGAGCAAGGUGUACGGCGGCGUGGUGUUCGACCUGGCGUAUGGCAUGGUGCAGAUCAGCAUCUCCAUCAGCGGGGGGCUGUUCCUGGCGGCGCUGGUGGUGUACCCGCUGGGCAAGCGGCGCAGCGGACUGUUCAGCCUGUAG